AAGAGACCUACACUGGACAGAAUGUUCGCUUCGACGUCACAAAGAAAUGAUGAUAGUUUGCGGGCGUCUUACAAUAUUUCGUUACUUAUAGCAAAAUCCGGAAAACCGCAUACUAUCGGAGAGAAGUUAAUUUUGCCAGCCGUUGAAGAGGUUUUAAAAACUGUUUUACACAAACCUGCAUCUGAUAUCAUUAAAAGAAUUCCCUUAAGCAACAAUACUGUUGAAAGACGUAUUGAUGAAAUGAGUUCUGAUAUUGAAAGCUUCUUAUGUAAUUAUUUGCAAACGACCUAUUUCUCUAUACAACUGGACGAGUCAAGUUUACCUGAUAAUGCAGCAUUAUUAUUGGCAUAUGUUCGUUUUAUUAUGAAUCAAGUAAUCUACGAAGAACUGCUCUUCGCAAGAACUUUGAUAACCGACACUAAAGGUGAAUCAAUAUUUCAUGUUUUGAAGGAUUACUUCAUUGAAAAAGCAAUUCCUUUAUCAAAUUUAAUAUCAGUAGCUACAGACGGAGCACCUGCCAUGGUUGGACGUUAUCGUGGAUUUAUAAGCUAUUUAAAACAAAAUGUGUCAGGGGUGUUAGCAAUACAUUGCGUCAUCCAUCGACAACAUUUAGUUGCUAAAAAUUUGAGUGUUAGAUUGCAUGAAUCACUUCAUUUAGUCAUUGAUGCAGUAAACCGAAUCCGAAGCAACGCGUUGGAUACGCGGUUAUUUGCGCAGUUGUGUGAAGAAAAUGACGAACACUUUCAUCAAUUACUCCUUCACACUGAAGUACGUUGGCUGUCGAAAGGCUUAUGUUUGACAAGAUUUUUUGCACUUUUUGAGACUAUUUUAGAAUUUCUGGAUACUAAAACUAAAAUUUUAAAAGAAAAUUUAAUGAAGAGGAAAACAGACAGAUUUGUUUACAAAAUUUAA